UUGUAAUAAAAAGAUGAGUUUCGUCGGCGGCGUCGGUGGAAGUGGAAGCGGCGGAGGAGACGGUGGUGGUAGUGGUAGUGGUAGCCAACAACAUCACGACGGGUCUGAAACUGAUAGGAAGAAGAAACGUUACCAUCGUCACACCGCUCAACAGAUUCAACGACUUGAAUCGAGUUUCAAGGAGUGUCCUCAUCCAGAUGAUAAGCAGAGGAACCAACUCAGCAGAGAAUUGGGUUUGGCUCCAAGACAAAUCAAGUUCUGGUUCCAGAACAGAAGAACUCAGCUCAAGGCACAACAUGAGAGAGCAGAUAACAAUGCACUAAAGGCAGAAAACGACAAGAUUCGAUGCGAAAACAUAGCCAUCAGAGAAGCUAUCAAGCAUGCCAUAUGCCCAAACUGUGGAGGUCCUCCCGUUAAUGAAGACCCUUACUUUGAUGAACACAAGCUUCGGAUCGAAAAUGCACAUCUUAGAGACGAGCUUGAAAGAAUGUCAACGGUUGCAUCAAAGUACAUGGGAAGACCAAUCUCCUCCCACCUCUCAACGCUGCAUCCACUCCACAUCUCACCAUUGGAUCUCUCCAUGACUGGUCCUUCACUGGAUUUUGAUCUUCUUCCGGGAAGCUCUAUGCACUCUCAUCCUAAUAAUAACUUAGCUACUAUAUCAGAGAUGGACAAGCCUCUCAUGAACGACAUUGCUUUGACUGCGAUGGAGGAAUUGCUUAGGCUUUUCAACACAAACGAACCUCUCUGGACUAGAGCAGAUGGCGGGAGAGAGAUUCUUGAUCUUGGAAGCUAUGAGAAUCUUUUUCCAAGAUCAGGUAACCGAGGGAAGAACCAUAACGUUAGAACCGAGGCGUCUAGGUCUUCUGGUAUUGUCUUCAUGAAUGCUAUGACGCUUGUCGACAUGUUCAUGGAUGGUGUCAAGUGGGGAGAGCUCUUUCCUUGUAUAGUUGCAUCGUCUAAAACACUUGCAGUGGUGUCUUCAGGAAUGGGAGGUACCCAUGAGGGUGCAUUGCAUUUGAUGUAUGAAGAAAUGGCAGUGCUUUCUCCAUUAGUAGCAACACGCGAGUUCUGCGAGCUACGAUACUGUCAGAUGAUUGAACAAGGAAGCUGGAUUGUUGUAAAUGUCUCAUAUCAUCUUCCUCAGUUUGUGUCUCAAUCUUCUCACUCCUAUAAGUUUCCUUCUGGAUGCUUGAUUCAGGACAUGCCUAAUGGAUACUCCAAGGUUACUUGGGUUGAACAUGUUGAAACUGAAGAAAAAGAACAGACUCAUGAGCUUUACAGAGAAGUGAUUCACAAAGGGAUUGCUUUUGGAGCUGAAAGAUGGGUUACUACUCUACAGAGAAUGUGUGAAAGAUUUGCCUCUCUGUUGGCACCAUCAACUUCAUCCCGUGAUCUCGGUGGAGUGAUUCCAUCGCCGGAAGGGAAGAGAAGCAUGAUGAGACUUGCUCAUAGAAUGGUUAGCAACUACUGUAUAAGUGUCAGCAGAUCUAACAACACUCACUCAACAGUAGUUGCUGAACUAAACGAAGUUGGAGUCCGUGUGACUGCACAUAAGAGCCCUGAACCAAACGGCACUAUCUUAUGUGCAGCAACCACCGUCUGGCUCCCAAACUCUCCUCAAAAUGUUUUCAACUUCCUCAAAGACGAAAGAAUACGUCCUCAGUGGGAUGUUCUUUCAAAUAGAAACGCAGUGCAAGAAGUUGCUCACAUUGCAAACGGAUCACAUCCUGGUUGCUGCAUAUCGGUUCUACGUGCAUCAAAUGCAUCACAGUCACAGAGUAACAACAUGUUGAUUCUACAAGAAACAUCAAUAGACUCAUCAGGAGCACUAGUGGUGUACAGUCCAGUGGAUUUACCAGCACUGAACAUCGCAAUGAGCGGUGAUGAUACUUCUUACAUUCCCCUCUUGUCCUCAGGCUUCGCAAUCUCACCAGACGGAAACCACAGUAGCUCAACCACUGAGCAAGGAGGAGGAGCCUCAACGUCAAGCGGUUUUGGUGGAGGAGGGUCGUUGAUUACAGUUGGGUUUCAGAUAAUGGUUAGCAACUUACCGUCGGCAAAACUGAAUAUGGAGUCGGUGGAGACGGUUAAUAACUUGAUUGGAACCACUGUGCAUCAAAUUAAAACCGGUUUGAACAACUGUCCUAGUGGUUCAACUACAGCUUGAUAGUAUUAUUAAAGACUCUUUGUGCUUUCUUCUGGGUGUGUCUCAUUCUCUUCAAUGAUGGAACAGAGGAGAGAAUUAAAGUCUUUCUUCUUUGCCUUCAAUGCCAGAGAGAGAGAGAAGAAAGAACAUUAACUCCGAUUGUUCUGCUCUGCUUAUGUUGGUGCUGUUCUUGGACAAACCUCAUUAAACAACCAGCUGGAUUCUUCUCUCUUUAUCAUUGUUUUUUUUUUUAAUUCUUUUAAUGGAAUUUAGGUGUUUUUAUUUAUUUAUCGUUUUGGUUAGAAACUGGAAGUCAAGAACGCACCAUGCAACUGUGACUUUCUUUGUAUGGUUCGGGCAUUGACUUCUAUUGCAAAGUAUUUUGUUUUCUUUACAGUUACA